AUGACGAUAAGGUUUCUUAGAGAAUAUAUUUCAUUACCUCAACCACUAAAUAUCAAAUUCUCCUCUUCAUACUCGACUAUCAAUGAGCCAAUAUCUUUAAUCAGAAAUAAACUGAAAAUGAAUUUGAUUUUUUUUACCUUACUUUUCUGGUAUCCGAUGAUUAACUCUCUGGAACUGGCUCAUGUAAUGGUAAAUAACAACCGCUCAAUUAUUAGAAUAAAUGAUAAACUAAAUGAGCGUCCAAUUAAUAAGCCUGUCAAUGAUGAAGAUGAUUAUUCAUCUGAUGCAAUACAAGAAAUUGAAGACAUUGAGGAUGAUGAUAGUGAAACCCCAGUAGCUAUCAUGUCUAUCGAUCCUGAUGGCCGAGUAAACUGUAGGAUAGCUAAUACUUUAUGA